AUGAAGCUCGCCAACCUCGCCCUCAGCGCUACCGCCGGUCUAUCCCUGAAGGCCACUUCGGAGACAGUCCAGGGUUUUGAUAUCUCCAACCAUCAAGCCACCGUAGACUUCAAGGCGGCCUAUAACGAUGGCGCUCGCUUCGUCAUGAUCAAAGCAACCGAGGGCACCACCUUCACGGACAAGGUCUUCAGCUCACAUUAUCAAGGCGCUACCGACGCCGGUCUGAUUCGCGGAGGCUACCAUUUCGCGCUUCCCGACUCCUCCUCUGGCGCGGAGCAAGCGGAAUUCUUCCUCAAGAACGGUGGCGGCUGGUCCAAGGACGGCAUCACAUUGCCCGGUAUGCUCGAUAUCGAAUACAACCCAUACGGUGCCACCUGCUACGACAAAAGCGCCGAAGACAUGGUUGCCUGGAUCAAAGACUUCGUCGAUACGUAUCAGAAGGCAACCGGUGUCUACCCCCUGAUCUACUCCACCGCCGACUGGUGGAAGACCUGCACCGGAAACGCCGGCGGCUUUGGCAGCACCUGUCCUCUCGUACUCGCCGCGUAUAGCGACUCGGCGCCCUCGACGAUCCCUGGCGAUUGGGCGACCUACACCAUCUGGCAGAAUUCCGACAGCUAUAAGCAUGGUGGUGACUCUGAUAUCUUUAACGGAGGGUAUGAGCAGCUGCAAAAAAUUGCUAAGGCUGAGUGA